AUGGCAGUGUUACAUCGCGCAUUAUUUACCUGGUUUGAAUUAUUAAUAUUCCUUAUUCUGCUGGUGCUAAGACUGGACCAGCGAAUAUUAUGGAACUGGUUCAUUGUUUUCAUCCCAAUGUGGCUGUACGACUGCUUUUUACUGAUCUACAUCAUUUUCAAUAUGGUGUCGCACUGCAAGAAUAAUCAUAACAGCACCAAUUGUUUGAGACGCAAGGGAUGGCACAUGCUGGCGGUCUUGCUGAAAUUAAGCGUCCAAAUUCUUAUUUGCUUGAAAUUGGAGGCACCUUAUCUUUAUCUUCCUGCUAAAGCUGUUCUUAGUCCAUUUUGGGUGCUUUUACCCGCGUUGACUAUUGAUGUUUUUGUUCAUUUAAUUCAACAUUCUAGAUAUUGA